CAGGCGAUUUUCGAACACAGAAAAUUUCGCUUUCUAUCGGGCAGCGCGGUGCUCGGCGAUGUUCGGCGCGACGACGUUCGCGUUCGUCAGUGUUGUGCGGGCAAUGAAACAGUUAACUUAUGUUAUGUAAAGUACGCGCUAGCCAGAUGCCAGAGAGGGCAUAGCGAUAUUCGUCGGUGUGUGACCUAAUCAGCCAUCAUCAUCAUCACCAACAACAGCAGCAGCAGCAGCACCAUUUGGGUUGUGUCUUUACUCCUCGUCAGCUCCGUACACAGCAGAGUGGUGACCUCUCUCUCAACGCUACUACUAAAUAUUCGUGGCAGUCAGUGUCGUCUGGCAGCAGCCAAUCCGUUGGCAAAAAGAAAAGUAGUACGCAUCCAGUGUGUGUUGUGUGUACAUUUAUAGUAGGCAGUGGAUGGGCAUACACAAAAAAAAUUACAGUGGUUAAAAGUGCUCUGUGACAGAAGGUCUGACUGACAGAUCGCGCAAGUGAGAGAAGCGAAAAAAAGAAAAUGGAUUACGGGAGUGCUUGAAUGGAGAAAAAUUUAUAAUUUAGCUAUAUUUUUAUUAUAUGUAGUUUUCACGUUUCUCUCGUAUGUUAUUCACUUAAUUCCGUCACACAUACCAGUGAACGCACGUUUGCACAACAGUGGCUGGCACAUAACAGAAGAAGAGAUCGCACGGCCAUGCUGUGCUAGUAUGAGUGUGUCCGCCCGUAGACAAGUGUACGUGCAGAAGGUCUUCGGUUCGCGACUGUGCGAGUGUUUUGUAUGACGACGACGGGUGUUUAUACGGGCAGUGGAAGAGAGCAGAAAAAAUCGAAUAAGAUUUUGACAGCUCGCCGCUUUUGAUCAAAUAAAAAUAAAAAAAGGCGAGUUUUAUUGAUUAUUUCCACGGUGGAGAUUAAAAUCGUGAGCAGAGUGUGAGAGUGCACGGAAAUUCUCGGAAAAUGAAUCUUGGCAGGUCCAGCAAGGAAUAUGUAUGUGGCACGAUGGCCACGCAGUGUGAGUGAACAAGUGAGAAGCCAAAGAAAUUGUCUAGCACGAUCCUAGCAAAACGGCAUGCCAGAGUGUGAAUAAAAUGGGCGAAAUAGUGUCUAGCUCGCAGAAGAGAGCACCAUAGUGAGUGAAAUCAUAAUACUACUGGUCCCGGUGGGGGUAUUUUCCUGUAGUGCAGUGAAAUAAUCCACAGUGUUCCGGGAAUGUACUGGAUAUGACUACAGACGUCAGUCUGCAAUGGAGAUCGCUCGGAUUCAACGGCACGACGGAGUCUCGGUCGAGAUCUCCCACUGCCCAAUCCUUGCCCCUACUCCCUGAUCCAGUCCCAAUUCGGAACGGAGCUACGACCAGUCGAAAAACUACACGUAAAACCAAUAAUAACAACAUCCUAAAGAAGGUCAACAAAAACCUAGACAAAUCGGUCGCGUCACAGUCGGAAAUCAUAAUCGAUGGCAGCAAGUUUAACUUGAAGCCCGUCAUCAAGCUGAAAGCGGUUCCAUGGCCUCAAAACAAUUCCGAUAAGAAACCACAGUCGAAGCAGCAGGCUAAAGACAUUCCGAUCGACAAUAAUAAGAAAAACACCACGAAAAACGAUAGCGACGUCGCGUGCGGUGAUAAAAAACGUCGCACAGUUGGAAAGAGACAGCACUACAAUAUUGUAGCAGCAGGGGAAAGCGAUGACGUCGAACCGACAAAGUUGAUCCUACGGCGGCGCAACACAACUCCAAACGGGAAACGUCGCGCGACAACAGCCGCUGCUACCAAUACCAAGCCGCAAACGUCAUCUCUGGCUGGUGCAACAAACCCGCAAAACAAUAACAACAACAACACGGCGAUGUUAGCCACCACCAGCGAUGGAAUCGACGAGAACACUGACAAUGUCAAAACUAUUAACAAUCAACCGAAGCGAACGAUCAAACAGGAACCACAAGAAACGAUGCUCCUGGCGACGCAAAUCAAGCAAGAGCCUAUCGAGGGUCACCGGAAGUCCAGUCGGCGGAGACAGUUUACCAAUCGGAUCAUCGACACCAUGUGCAUACCGGAGUUCUAUUUCAAAGCCAGGUGUCGUAGCAAAACGAAAAAUUUCAGGAAAAAGAACCCCAUGGCUAUAGCAGCAGCUACUGUAGGUGCGUCUUCUACCACCAGAAGCAGUAGCCGAACAACACCGAACAAAAGCAAAACAAACAAUGCUACCUGUGCCAGUGCCAGUGCCGGCAGCAGCGGCGGUGGAAGAAAACCGAAAGAUGCAGCUAUCACCGAGGCGGAGGAGAGUUCAGUUCCUCGGUUGAAUCCGAUUUUCCUGUUCGUUAAGCAAGAGGACACCCGGAUCGUUGAGGUCCGCUGUGAAGACUACGACAAGCGAAACCGUAUACGAAUAACCAAAACCUCCAAUGGCCUCUGGAGGUCAUUCCCACGGACGGAUUCCAGUUCGUCGGUGGUAUUUUCCCUGUUGCCCAAACCAGGACAAUCCAGGUCGAUGGCUGGCGGUCGAUUGAAAGCUGGGAUACCAAAGUACAAAAAAUUACACAAAAAGAAAAAGAAGCACAAAAAGGCAAAACGGCAGUUGACUUUGGACGAUGAGAAUGUGCUCGCCGAGCAGGACAGUGAUGGUUGUUUGGAAGUGCAUGACGUUGAACAGAUGGAACUGUUGAACAAGGACGAGGAAGACGAUGACGUUAUCGACGUAACGCCAGUCGACGAACAGGAUACUAGUUUGAACCUGAAGGAUUUGAGCCAAUCAGAUGUUACUGUUGAAGAUAUUAGUAAUCAAAAUAAUUUAACCGUUAAUAGCAACAAUAUCAGUAGUAAUAGUGAAUGUAAUGCAAAUAAUAGUACCAUAAAUAUCGCCACUAGCCUAGAGGAAAUCAGUACCAAUAGUAUUAACGCCAACACUAGUAACACAGAUAGCAAUAAAGACGACGGCAGCGACAAUGACGUCGAGCUGAUACAGCCGGAGGAGGAGGAGGAGGAAGAGGAUGAAGAGGACGAAAGACAUCAUCCCCAGGAAUUAGUGCACCAAGGAACAAACAUGGCAGGGGCAGAGCCAAAUGGAGUCGCAGGUUGGUCGGAGGAAUUGGAUAACAUCGAGGCACAGAUACCAUCAACCAUCAUUUCGGUGCAAGAACUUCAACGUGCUCGCAGUAGUGCGCAUGUCAAUGGCAACAUCGAACAGCACACCACAACAACGGCGGCGCUCAAUAAUUUGAUUGCACUAAAUGAACUUGGGUUUAAUCAUCAGGAAAACCACGCGAACGAGUGCAUUGAGAAAACAAUCUCCUAUCACUUGGAGUCUCUGCAGGCGGUUGCGGUGGCGGCUGCAGCUGCCGCCGCUGCCAGGAGCAACGGUAACGGCACUAGCACCUCUACAACCGCAACCGAUUCUAGCCAUCAUAGCACUAUUGGUGCAUCUAUGGAUGCUGCUGCUGCUGCUGCAGUUGGAGCAGCUCUUUCCACCGCCAUUCCUCCCACGGCGGCGGGCGGUGGCACUGCUAGUGUGAGUGCGAAAGAAGUUGGGGAACAAGGUGGUGAACCGUUGCACACAUCAACAACUUCCGAUGCACCGACUGUGCAUGAGAUUGACGACGAUGGAGACGAAGUGUGCGUUCUGGAGCCAGAGCCAACGCUAGCACAGCAGCAGCACCACCAGCAAACAAAAGGACGAAAUGAAAAUAUGUGCCUGGAUAGCGCAGUAUACGAAAAUUGUAAGACGGAAUCGGAUUGCAUCCAGAACGCGGAAGUGCAACCGCACAUCACAAUCAGUAGUGACAGUGAGCUGGAGGAUGAUGAUCCCAAGCAUCAUCAUCUGAGUGAAUUUAACGAUUGCAGGGACCUAAUCGAAGGAAUUCGUGAAAUCCAAUCCGCCAAUCCGGAAGAUUUGCUACAUGCCAACUGUGGUGAAAAUACAAUGACUGGUGCCGAACUGCUCGAUUCGCUGGUGGAGCAACGGUGUGAAGACAAUCAUAUUUCCGGGACCGAUGAUCUCAAGAACACUAUCUAUUCCAUAUCAGACGAUUAUAACGACGACGAUGAUGUUCUCCUGGAACCGGAACCUGUUGCCGACAUCAUCUCGCGUCUAGGUGAAUCGCUCAGUACAUCGCCCAAGUGUUUAUCCUUUAACGAGGCUGGUGAAAUUGAAGGGCUUACCGGGGAUUUGUUCGAUACCAACCAUCAUUCCUUGCAGAUGGACGACAAUCUGCCCAAUCCGUUCUCCUCGCAGAAUCCCACGCUGGACGAACUGUCCAUCACGAUAAAGGACCUUACGGAUAGUAGUGAACAUGCAAAUUCCUAUUUCAAUAGUAGUGCCGAGAAGAAUAACAAAGAAUCCGAUACACCCAUAGUGAUUUCACCUGACUCUUGUCAAGAAGAACUACCAAAGGAUCUCAGCUGUCGAAAACGUAGUGAAAAGAGUACCGACUCCAUAGUGACCCUGUCCCCAUCUCCACGACCCAUAUCCCACAGUUCCGAUGCCAUUCAAUCGCCGCAACCGAGUGGCCUUCCCGCAGUCCCACCGUCUCCGGACAUAUUCCUUCAGCCGAAAUCCAUCUCCAAUUCUGCCAUCGAAAAUCUCAUGUCUCAAGCAUCCUCUACGGCAACUAAAUCCCGUCCCGCGAACCAACAGAAAGAACCACUCGAUUUGGGAAAAUGCCGCAAAUCUGCUAGUCCAACGGUUAGCUGCUCGGAAGAAGCCAAACGUCAAUCCAGUUCAGAAGACGAACCCAAAUCCAAACGAAUCAAAACCGAUCCGGAGAGCAACAAACCAUCCACCUCCACAGGGUCCAGUUCUAGCGCGGCAACGGAAGUCUCCGUUUCCAUCGCUACCAUGGCUGGUGGUAGUGGAAGCAGCCGCAGCACUCCAUCCUCCCAUCACAAUGCGAGUGAAUCCACGCGGUUGGUUGAAAUGCUAUCCUCCGGAAUCGAUCCGGAUGCUAUCACUCAGCUACGGUUGCUGGUUAGCAAUCCAGCAUGGAAGGUACCUGAUCCACUACUAGUGCCAAAGGAUCGUCUCAACGCCGUACUAGCGUCACCGGCCCGAGAGAUUCCCCUGCUCCUUACAACCCGGCCCGAACUGCGGUUACCUGAAGCUUUCGCAUUUCCCAACAUCCUACAGGAUCCGGAUAUUUUGGUGAUUUCGCUCGCCCAACUCGAGAAGAUUCUCGAAACUCAAGACGAGCUGCAGAAGCUCAAGUCCAAGAAUGACAGCAGCAAAAAGACCGCCCCUAGUCCGCUGGAAACCUUGAAACAGACCAUCACGUCUCAAGCAGCCAAGCAGAACCCCAUGAUGAGUUCACUACUAGCUUCUGGACUUGCCGGUGACAUUGAUGCUGCCACUGCAGCCGCAUUCAACCAAAUGCUCUGGCUCCCUUAUCUAGGUCAAAUGGGACAAUUCGGACCGGAACUCCUUAAAGCGAUGAUGAACAUUCCAAAUUCCAACCCCAGCCUUACCGAUAUGUUACCGUUUAUUAAUCCACGGUUCCAAGAUCUCUGCGGCCUGGCAACCAACCCCAUGGACUACAAGCGGCAGCUGGAAUUCGCCAUGUGGCAGGACGCCCUCAGCCAGGUAAACAGCGCCAGUUUGCAACGUAAACAGGAUGCACAGAAGAAGGCAGCGGUCACCAUCGACCGCAAACCCAUCAUUCCGCCAAAGACCAUCGAGCAACAACGUUCCGUAGCAGCGGUCGCCGCCGCAGCCAGCAUGUUCCAACAGCAGACUCAACAAACCAAGAAACCCAGUUCCGUAAUGAACUCCUUGAAUCCUCUCUCGAUACCUCAGUUCAUGACCCCAACGAUGCCAAAUAACCGUUUCGCCAGCAACAGUCGAACCUCAACGAUGCAAUCUCCAUCCUCGCUACAGCAGCAAUUCAGCCAUUCGGGAAUCAAAAACAUGCCAAACAUGAUGAAUCAGGCCGCAGCCGCCGCGGCAGCAGCCAACGCGCAGAUGCGACAACAACAUACCCGACCGCAGCUCUCCGCCACCCAGAAGAGCAAACAGAAUGCCAACUCUAUGUUUCCCAACAAUCCUUUCUUUAACCUUCCAACUACCUUCCAAGAAUUUCACGAACAGCAACAGCAGCUCGCACGCAAGCUGCAAAAAGAACCCCACAGCCAUUCCCGAGAGCAGCUGCAGCUCCACCAGGAAGAGCAAAAGCCUCGAGUCACCUGCAAAUCGCUCAUGAAUCUCCUUCAACCCGAGAAGCAACAGCAACUGCAGCAGAAGCACAGUGUCAACAGCAAAUUGGCCAACCUGAUGGCACUUCCGGGAAUGGACCUGUACGCAGCGUCCGGUCAACAUGACCAGCUGCAGCAGCAGAUGUUUUUGCAACAGCAGCAACAGCAACAGCAACAGCAGCAGCAGCAACAACAGCAACAUCAGCAGCAGCAGCAACAACUGCUUCAACAGCAACAACAAUUGCUACAUCAGCAACAAUCUCAACAGCAACAAGGAAAAUUAAAAGUGAAACCCGGAUUACACCUGCUGGAUCCGGCGGCCAUCCAGCGGAGAUUGUUGAAUACAGACGAGUUGCCCGAAGUGGGUAGCACCACCAGCGGGCUCGACGAUUCGACGGACCUGAGUUCUCCGCUGUGGCAUCCGUUGUUUGGAAGGUGAGUACGGAUGUUUGGUUUUUGAAGACUUGUUUGGUAAAUAUGUUUAGCUGAAGGAUGGAUUAAAUUCUCGAGUACGUUUGCAAACAGUAUGGACCCUGGCAACGGGUGGUGUACGAAAGUUAGUUAAAACAAUAGCAAUUACGGUUCGGUUAAUUGCCACAAUGAUUUGAAUUCGUUGGCUUUGUUUUUUAGCUUAAAACCCGCAUAUAACUUUGGGGUUUUACUUGCAAUGAAGUUUUGGGGAUCGUUUUGAUCUUGAAUUAUGAUUAUUGAUUACUUAGUAAGUAAGCAACAGUCGGAAAAGGCGCAGCUAUAAAGUAAGACCAUGACUACCAACCACUGCCAUUGGUGAGAAAGAGACUUUUGUCAUAUAGUCAUCGGUUCUUCCCAGUCCGGUCUGAGAUUUUUUCGGGAUGGAGAAUAUCCCGACUUUCCUGGGCAUCAUUCAGCACUGCCAUUUGUAUAAAAAUGGUAGAUUACAUAGAAUAGGUCACUAGGUCAAUGAAGAAAUCGUUGUUUUGAUUAGCAACGAGAUCUUGACAGUUACUAGCUUUGUUGUUUACAUAAUCUAUUUAGGGAGCAGCAGCACCGAGGUAACCUCACUUUUUUUAAAUCUCUUGAUGGUUUGUUUACACAGACCUGUAAUCAGGCUUGAUGGAGCCUCACUCGCAAGUCUGCAUUUUUAUGAGGAGUAGAAUUCUUCCUCACAACUCAUUCCACCGAGCCUCACAGCUUGUAAACGGAGGGGGAUAAAAUGGGAAAGAGGUUGGCUGUCAUUCAUUCUAUUAAAUUUGUCGAACCUCUUAACGGAAUCCCUUUAUGAAGAGCUUUUUGAGUGUAUUGAUUUAUUUGCUUUAAAUUCCAUUAUAAUUGCUUAUCUUUUGACAGAUAGGCGUUUUUCGUCUACUACUUGCAAACUUCAUCAGUGCCAAGUACAAGCCAAGUGGUGUUGAGUACUUGGCAGUGAUGAAGUCAUUUUCAUAUUUUCUUUAGCAAGCACAACACGGGCAAAAAUAUUGAAAAUACUAAAAAGAGUUGACAAUCAUAUUGAUGCAAAUAUUCACGACGAAAAUAUUGCUGAACAUAUUGACCGAAAAUCAAAAAGCGAACCCCACAUGUAUCAAUAUAUUGAUGCAAAGAUGAAUUAUUGACAAAAAUAUUAAAUACAGAAAUAUUGUUAAUUCCGAUGUAUUGUGUUUUCCCCAACUCAAUGAAAUGUAGAACCUGCCAAAAUCUUCAAUGACUUUUGGAGCUCUUAUCAUUUCAGUUUCUCCUUGAUGUUUUCACGCGGAAAUAAACUUAUAAUCAUUGUGGUUUAAAAAUUUCAUUCUGAAUCCGCUAACUGGUGAAAGUACACAAACAAGGACAACGACGGCUGUCAAACCGGUAAACACGAGUUCAUCGCAUUUAUUCGUGACUUCUGCGUGCAGCAUGCCGUUAGUUAGGUUCUGUAGCGUGACGCUACGAAUGAGCCCAGUUUAAUUGGCGCAACGUUUUUGACAAUUCAGUGGUACUGUUUACAAGCACGUAGUCGUUUUUUCGAAAAAAAAUAUUGUAAAAUUUCCGAAUUUCAACUUGAAACUUGUUGAGGAAAUGCACGGUGAAAAUAUGUUGUUUGCGGACAUUACAGACGUGUGGUUUACAUCUUACUGCAGUCUGACAAAUUAUCGAGAAAAUCUACCCAAGAAACAGUCGACUAAGUCUACGUAAACAGUACCAUUGAACUGUCAUCCGAUUGAGGUUAACCCCGACGGUGCAAAACCUUAUAGUAUUCGUUUCUUUAGAUGACCUAUUGACAACUGUGGAAGAGCAAAUGCUACUAAAAAGUACUAAUUUUAGACCAAAAAUUCGUCAUUGCCAAACUUUUGUCAUACAAUUAUAACAUAAUUCGCAAAUUCUGCAUCCACCUGAUGGUUGGACCGAGGGGGGCGACACAUCUAAAUCUCAAUUCUAGAUGCUCAAAAAAUCUCACACUAGCGAAUAAAUCUUCGAAAAAUCUUCUUUCAUUUCUCGCAUCUACGUGCAUCGCGUAUCAUCUUUUUGAAGGAAAUCUUCAAAAUCGUGAUGAAUCUUCUUUCUAUCUACUCAGCGUACGCGCAGCUAGCCACAGCAAAACACAAUAUUUCCUGCAUCGUAGAUAGAGUCGCCCCCUCGGGUUGGACAACGAAACACUCAUAGACCAUUCAAGCUAUGGCCUGGGAGUCCAUCACUGUAAGGCCGAUGCCAUAGUGAGAGCGAA